AUGACGGGAAUUCAUUGGCUGCUUUGUUGUCUCACUAUAUGCAAUGUUGUCGGCUUGGGGAUAUCAACGUUUAAGUUUGCUUCCUACUACACCGACCACAUGGUGCUGCAGCAUGGCGCUGGUGGAGCGAUCGUGUGGGGAACAUCCUCACACAUAGGGGACACGGUUCAACUGUUUCUGAACGGUCAUAAGGUCUUUGAUGAUGUUGUCACAUUCAAUGAAUCGGGAGUUAUGACGUGGAUUGCGAAGGUGGCCGUCACUAAUGACAAUUAUGGUCCUUACACCCUGUCGGCAAAAUCAAGUGAAGGGACGAUAACUUUACAUGACGUGAUGUUCGGUGAUGUAUGGGUAUGCUCCGAUCAGAGCAACAUGGAAUUUACCAUGUAUGGCCUUACAAACGCGUCCGCCGAGCUCGCAGAGGCUUCGAACUACAGUGAUAUCCGCUUAUUUCAAGCUAAGCAUUCGCUGGCCAGCGUUGCACUACAUGACUUCAAUCUGACAGCAACUUCACAGUGGUCAGUUCCGAAUCAAGGAAAUUUGGUAGGCUUUUCUGCCGUAUGCUGGCUAUUUGGCAAGCAAUUGUCUUCACAAUUCAAAUAUCCAAUCGGGCUUAUCGAGUCAAAUUGGGGUGGAACAAAAAUUGAAUGGUGGUCUUCGACCUCUGCCUUAAGCAAAUGUUCUCACCAGGUAAAAAGAGUUAUCCAUAACUCGGAUCUAUGGAACGCUAUGAUGAAUCCUCUUACGAGAAACACUAUUUACGGAGUUAUUUGGUAUCAAGGAGAGGCGAACCUAGCAACAUCUGAUUUGUAUAGUUGUCAGUUCCCGGCUAUGAUAAACGACUGGAGACAAAGAUUCAGCUCGGCAUCCCUUCACACAACGUCAGCAGAAUUUCCGUUUGGUUUUGUACAGCUAGCACCCAAUGCGCCUGAGACGAUAGCCAAAGGAUUCCCAGCGCUGAGAUGGGCUCAAACGGCCGGAUACGGAAAAGUACCAAACCCAAAAAUGCCGAAUACAUUCAUGUCUGUGGCCUUGGACCUACCCGACUUUAAAUCACCGUACGGCAGCAUACAUCCUCGGUAUAAACAUGACGUAGCCUCCCGUCUAGUUCUCUCAGCUCUCGGGGUAGCGUACCAUCAAUCGGGACUGGACUAUGAAGGUCCUUAUCCAUCGGAUUACCAUUUGUCUAGCCACACCCUAAAUAUAGAGUAUGACCAGGGACGAACUCCAAUAAGGGUGGACGCCCUCAGCAGUAACUUUGAGGUAUGCUGUGCAGCUAGGAUAUGUGAUAAAAAUUUUGAUAACUGGAAAGCAGCUACAAUAGAAGCAUAUGACAUAUCGUCUGUUACACUGAACACCACGCAAUGUGACCAGAUGACCGUGUCUGCAGUCCGAUAUGCUUGGCAAGAAAGUCCAUGUGCGUUUAAACAAUGCGCAGUGUAUGGGCGGGAAACUGACCUCCCGGGACCACCUUUUUUCCACAGUUUUCUUUGA